AUGAGAGAAUUAAAUUCAUUUUUUGAUUAAUCUGUUUGUUCAACACCAAUACCUUUACUUAUGAAUUUAAAAUAAGAUGAAAAUUUUAAGCCAUAAGAAGUGAAUAAACUAUCAUCUAAGUUCAUAAAACCAUAGGAAAUUAUAUUUUCAAGUAUAAAUGCAAGAGAGUUGCGAGAACUUGAGAUUCCAAAAGAUCUAUCAAAAUUAACAAAAUUUGAUUCUUAUUUAAUUACUGAUAUUCCAUUAGAAUAUAUUGAAAAAGUAGUAUCUAAUUCUUCAAAAUUAAAAUCAUUUGGAUAUAAAAAUAUAUAAAAUGAUGAUUUGAGCAAUAUUACAAAGUCAUUAUCAAAUUUAUCGAUUUGUGAACUUAAUUUUGGAUAAUGGAAUUAAUAAGUCAAAGAUAUCAUUAUUUAAUAAGCAGACCAUUUAAAAAGUAUUACAAUAGAAAAAGGAAAUGAUGAAAUACUUCGAGAUUUGAUUUAAUUGUAUAAUACUAUGAAACAAUCUAGGAUUAAUAAUAAAGAUUAUGAAUAAAAAUUGGAAUAAAAUGAGAUUUCAAAUAUAUUAAAUCUUUAAGAGAUUAAGUUUACAUAAUUUGAUAGUUCAUCUAAUUAAUAGGAAAGUCUAUAGAUUUUUUGA